AAGCACUUGAUUUUGCUUCCGCCCAUAUGCGAUGCCUGAUUUCUCGAUCCUGCCAGCGCCAUUGACUUUGUUUAUCCUCCUGGAACUGCCUAGUCUCAAAGCCUUGUACGCUGCAAUCUUAGCGUCGCCGCACCUCAAUGCCGUGUUUCGUUCAAACGCACAACGUGUCUUCCGAACGGUCAUCGCACAGAGUCUGUCUGACGAACUUGUCUCUCCAGUUCUCAUAUAUAUGCUACUGCGAGAACGUCUCGUGACAAGUGGCAUCUCUCGGACCUUUACCAUCGAACAGCUCCAGAAUAUGGCCGAUGAUUUGAUCGCUGCCGCGACUACGGAUCAGUGGCCGAAGAUAGCUGUUGCAACCAUCUUUCACACUGUCGCGCAAGCAGUCCGCGUCCAUGACAUCGCUUCCUUCAUUCUCCGCUCUAAGCUUGACUGCCUCGGCACACUCAGAUUCGAAAGGCUGGCCAACCCUAGAUACAGGUACCGGGGACCUCAUAGUCUGAACGAUCCGGACCCUCAAGGUGUUCCUAUAGAGAUCCACUUACCACUCAGCGACCCAAGUUGGGAAGAAGAGACGCGCGCGAUCCGUGUUCUGUGGCUUUUGGCUGCGUGUUGGCGAGCGAUGCAGAGCACGACUACGUCCGGUAGGGAUACCGUUGAACGCUUCACAGCACCCCAGCGAGCAUUCUUUGGCCUUGAAGAUCAAAUGACAUUGGAUAUGGCUACCGAAAUGGCACAGAGCAUAAUUUUUGGUCCUUCAUUACGGUCGCCUGAUGAGCCGAAUAAGAGGCUCACUUUCUCUUACGGUAUUUUGCAAGCGUACCCGAUUAAGGGGACUGUAUACACCACUAAAGCUCUCGUCUCUGAUUUACUGCCAACAUCACCAAAUUUCUCUUGGUGUCCAGCGGUUACCUUUGUCCGGCUUGCUAGUGACACUGCCACACGGGGAGAGGCGUACUUCCCCUUCCGACAAUAGAGCACCGAGUUAUCUCGCAUCCGGAUCUAUAGAUUACGUGCUGACAGUCCGUUGCGAGACUCGGACUGAGAAACAUUUCAUUGCCUCGGUUUUGGCUUCUGGGAUUCGCACCGUGUCUGUGUUGAGCUCGGCCUACGUAACCGCGGUCACGAUUCUGUAACAAUGUCGUUUGGAGUAGAUGGAGGCUCCCAGAAGGGCCAGCGUUCAAGUAUGAGCGAUAACAUGUUCCGUGUCUUCAAUAUAUACAAGCAACAGGAGCAGCGUCAAAGACAGGGUUGGUAUCGUUGCUAGACGGCGGGACUCUUCAUUUGAUCCAGUGGGCUAUACGUGCCUAAAGACAUCAAGAAUGCCUCCUCUGGCCACAAUGGUACAUUGCUUCGGU